AACGCUGUCGGAAACGUCAUCAACCAACUAGCAUUUGGAUUUGUUCGACCUCAUGAGGACAACGAAAUCAUUCGAUUUCAGCUUCUGCUUAAUGAGGUUACUUCUAAUUACUUAUUGAUAAUUAGCAUUUUGAUGUACAUAGUGAUGCUUGAGGUCUUCGAGCACUUCAACAAUCCAAAAAUGUUACUUCUCGACAUUAUGCCAUUUCUACGUCAUUUUGAUCGGAUUCUCGGAUUUGGUAUUGAAACAACCUUACAUGGAAACGACGCAAUACUAGAAUUCAUUCAGAAGGACCAUCAACUACGAUCAGGAGCCAACAAACUAUCUCGAUGCUUAUCUUCACGAAAUUCACAGAAGAGAAAGGAGGGAAUAAAAGAUGAAUUUACGGAGAAACAAUGCAUCGUUGCGAUCUAUGAUCUCUACAGUGCCGGUUUGGAAACAAUUUGUAAUCACACUCACGAUACUGUUCCACUACAAUGCCUAAACUAUCCACAUAUACAGGAGAAAAUUCACCAUGAGAUCGAUGACGCUAUAGGACGGGAAAGGGAUGUGACUAUGGACGAUCAAAAGAUCCUCCCGUACACCUGUGCCUUUUUACAAGAAGUCUAUCGAGCAGGAUACGUGCUCUAUGUGAACUUUCUACGAAUGACACAGAAAGACGUGAAUUGUGAAGGCUAUCAACUCAAGUGUGGUACCCGUGUGAUUCCUCAGUUCCAGUCUGUUCAUAUGGAUGAAGACAUUUACCCACGACCGGAACUAAUCAUCCCUGAGCGACAUCUAAAGAAUGGUCAGUUUAUCAAGGAUGACCGCAUCAAUGGAUUUUCGCUAGGGAAGCGAGCAUGUCUGGGAGAGAAUUUGGCUAGAAUGGAGGUUUUCAUGUUCUUCACGUCGUUGAUGCAGAAAUUUCGCUUCGAACCUGAGGGACUCUAUCCACCAGAGCUCAAAUUGCUGACGUCUACUUUCAGAGCUCCACUUCCGUACAAGAUUCGUGUUAUUGACAGGUGUUCGAAGUAA